AUGAAGCAGAGAUUCUCGUCGCUAGACGUCAAGGUCAUCACCCAGGAGCUGGCCGCGGAGCUGGUCAACCUCCGGGUGUCUAACAUCUACGACUUGUCAUCGCGAAUCUUCUUAUUCAAGCUUUCCAAGCCAGACCACCGCCGACAACUCAUCGUCGACUCCGGCUUCCGCGCUCACGUCACCCAAUACUCCCGCUCGGCCGCGACUGCCCCUUCGCCUUUCGUGACACGCCUGCGCAAGUUCAUAAAGUCGCGUCGCAUCACGGGCAUACAGCAAAUUGGUACGGACCGUAUCAUCGACAUUUCAUUCAGCGAUGGUGCCUACCACUUGUUCCUCGAGUUCUUCGCCGGCGGCAACAUCAUCCUCACCGAUCGCGAGUACACCAUCAUUGCGCUAUUCCGACAGGUUUCGGUCAACGAGGGCGAGGAGGCCAAGCUUGGGCUGAAGUACAAUGUGACGAAUAAGCAGAAUUACAACGGCGUUCCUGAGAUCACCGUGGACCGCGUGAAGGAGACUUUGGAAAAGGCGCAAGCAUUGUUUUCCCAGGAGGGCAAUGCGCCUAAGAAAUCCAAGAAGAAGAACACCGACGUUUUGCGGAAGGCUCUGUCGCAGGGAUUUCCUGAGUAUCCUCCGCUUUUGCUGGAUCAUGCCUUUGCAGUUAAAGAGCUUGAUCCGGCAACGCCGUUGGACCAGGUUUUGGGCAGUGAUUCUGCGCUGCAGCAGGUAAUUGGGACGCUGGAGGAGGCUCAGCGAGUUUCGAACAGUUUCAAUACCAGCGAUAGUCACCCAGGCUAUAUCGUUGCAAAGGCAGACACGCGAGCUCCCGCUGAGGGCGAGGGUGCUUCCAAAACCCCCGGCCUUCUGUAUGAAGACUUCCAUCCGUUCAGGCCUCGUCAAUUUGAAGGCAAACCCGGAAUUACGAUUCUGGAGUUUGAGCGCUUCAAUGCGACAGUCGACGAGUAUUUCUCGUCUUUGGAGUCCCAGCGCCUUGAGUCAAGACUUACUGAGCGCGAGGAGACAGCUAAGCGCAAAUUGGACGCUGUGCGAGAGGAGCAUAGGAAGCGAAUUGAUGCACUUAAAGAUGCACAAGAGCUCCAUAUUCAAAAAGCCGGAGCCAUCCAGGACAACGUGUAUCGUGUUCAGGAAGCCAUGGAUGCCGUGAACGGUCUUGUCGCUCAGGGAAUGGACUGGGGCGAGAUUGAUCGCCUUAUUGAGAUGGAGCAGGGCCGUGGAAACCCCGUCGCCCAAAUCAUUAAGCUCCCUCUUAAGCUACAUGAAAACACCGUUACCCUUCUUCUCGGAGAAGCUGGUGAUGAAGAGGACGACGAGGAAGAGACGGACUCCAGCGACGAAUCUGACUCCGACUCUGAAAACGAAGAGCGGGAGCGCCAGCAAUGUGCCGAUGCUAAUUCCCGGAUGCUCUCGAUCGAUAUCGAUCUCAGUCUUACGCCUUGGGCUAAUGCGACUCAAUAUUAUGAGCAGAAGAAGACCGCUUCGGACAAGCAGCAGAGGACAGUCCAGUCUUCCGAAAAGGCGCUUAAGAGCCACGAGAAGAAGGUCACGGCAGACCUCAAGAAGGGUCUGAAGCAGGAGAAACAAGUUCUACGCCAGGCUCGCGAGCCGUUCUGGUUCGAAAAAUUCAUCUUUUUCAUCUCUUCCGAGGGCUACCUUGUUCUUGGUGCUCGCGAUGCCAUGCAGGGUGAAUUGCUCUACCGGCGGUACCUUAACAAGGGCGAUGUCUUCAUCCACGCCGAUCUGAAGGGAGCUUUGCCCAUCGUCGUCAAGAACCGAUCAGCAGAUGCCCCCAUUCCGCCAAGCACUCUUUCCCAAGCAGGUAAUCUCUGCGUCGCGACUUCAACUGCUUGGGACUCCAAGGCGGUCAUGUCCGCAUAUUGGGUGCAUCCGAACCAGGUGUCCAAGAUCGCCGAAGUCGGUGGCGGAAUUCUUCCUACUGGAGAUUUCCAGAUCAAGGGUGAGAAGAACUUCUUGGCGCCAUCGCAACUUGUCCUUGGAUUCGCUGUCCUCUUCCAGAUUAGCCAGGAGAGCGUCAAGAACCACAAACAGCACUUUGAGAUCCCCGAUGUAUCUGCGGAGACUUCUGCCACGGAGCCUGUGGAUCAGCCCCCUACUGAACAGGAGGCUACAGAUCUAGCUCCUGAAAGUGCAGCAGAGACCGCGGAAGAGGUUCAACAAGACAAUGAAUCCGGAGAAGAGGAGGAAGAUGAAGAUGAGGAUAAGACUCCUGCCAGGAACCCCCUUCAAAGAGACGAGUCCGAGCUGCCAGAACGUGAAGAGGCCUCGCCUCAUGUUUCUAAGUCGGAGUCGGAGGAAGAAGAAGACACGAAGGAGGAGGAUCCCCUGCUUGAGGAUGUGGUAGAAGAGGACGGAGCUGUGGAUGAUGGAGAACCUACCACUAGUCAAGAUGCUGCCACUCCGCAAGAAGAACAGAAACUCUCAGCACGAGAGCGACGCACUUUGCGUCAAGGCAAGCCCCUCAACCGCCCGUCGGAGCCAGCUGCUCCUCGCAUCGCCCCGACCCGGGGCAAGAAAGCGAAGGAGAAGCGUGCCGCCGCGAAGUACGCUCAACAGGAUGACGAGGACCGUGAACUCGCCCUUCGACUCAUUGGUAACAACAAGGGCAAAGCCAAGGCUGCUCAGGCUGCUGAAGCCAAAGCUCAACAGGACCGCGAGAUCGAGGCAAACAGGCAGCGGCGCCGCGCACAGCAUGAGCGUGCCGCAGCAGCUGAGCAGAAACGUCAGGCCCAGUUCACCGAGCAUGGCACCGACGAUUACGAUCCCGAAACCGCUGCCGCCGAGGCCGCUGACCUGAGUUGGAUCCCUGCGCUGGUCGGUACUCCGACGCCGAAUGACGAGAUCCUCGGCGCUAUGGCUGUCUGCGCGCCGUGGGGUGCUCUUGGUCGGUACAAGUACAAGGUUAAGCUACAACCUGGUGCAGUCAAGAAGGGCAAGGCCGUGAAGGAGAUCAUCGGCCGCUGGGUCCAUGAAACUACUACCGGCAAGGUCAAGAAGGAUCAUGCUGAGGAUGCUGGUAUCCCUCGUGCAGACGCAGAGAAACUGCGCGCACGGGAAGGUGAGCUCAUCAAGGGCUGGAAGGAUACUGAGAUUAUCAACACUAUGCCUGUGGGUAAGGUGCGCAUCAUGACUCCAGGUAGUGCUGGUGGAGGUGCCGGUGGCGGUGAUAAGGGCAAGGGCAAGGGCGGCGGUAAAGGUGGCGGUGGUGGACGAGGUGGAAAGGGUAGUAAGAAGAAAUGA